AUGCUGGAUGUGCUGCUGGGGGUCUCUGAUGACCUGUCCAGACUGGACUCCUAUACAGAGAGUCUCAGUAAUGCUUUGUUAAUAUUAACAGCAGAGCACAGGACUAAUCAGAAAGAUCACCAAGCACCGCUGAAAUCGUACUUCCAGACUAUACAAGUGGAUCUGGCAACAUAUGUGAUCAGUUUUCAAUGGAAUAGAGCCAAAUACCCCACAGCACAACCUCUGAAAACCCUCGCUGACAUCAUCUCUAAACAAGUUUCUCAGGACACUGAGUUGAAAUCCCGCAGGGCGGCUUACAGUAAUGUGAAAGCCAGUAUUCAAAGUUUUGAGCGAAAAACCAGGGGAAGCUUGCAGAUGUGUGCAUUGACCAGUAUUGUGAAAAAGGAGGACUUGCUAGUUGUGGUACCCAGAAUGGCAUAUGCACUAUGGGAGAAGACGUAUGAGUCGAUGUCAAAGUUUGUGGUUCCUCGUUCCAGCCGGUUGUUGGUUGAGGAUACAGAUUCAGGGAUUUUCACAGUAACCCUGUUUAAGAAUGUCAUUGCCGAAUUCAAAACCAAUGCCAAAAAGCACAAGUUUACAGUGCCGGAAUAUAACCUGGAUGAAUAUAGUAUAACCUGGUGGAUUAAUGGGUGCCCAAAACACAGGUUUGAUCUUUGA